AUCUUCAACCUAGCCUAUGGGUACACUCGCAAUGGCCGCAAUCAUUGAUAUGAAUGAGGAGGCCCUUUCUAUUCACUCUAUUUCUAUGGGCUACACACCAUCAUAAACACAGGAGGAGUUUGGCUCGACACAGGCAUGCUCUGGUCUCCACAGUAUGGGGAAGGAGACUUGGAUAAGGCAGGAAUGAGAGAAGGUCUUGCCUCCCUUGGAAUUGUAGUGCUUUACUGGAAGGUCCUUAGUCGGCAGGGGAAUGCACAGAGAGACAAAGACGGUAGGAGAGGGAGGAGGAGUGGAGAUGUCAAUGUGACACAGUGGAGAAAAGAAAGUGACACAGCAGAAAAUUACUGGGUGAGUUUCCAUGAAGAGGAGAAUGCAAGUCUUUAAGAGGCAAUAGUAAAUGAACACAGUUAAUUGAAUCAGUGAUUCAUUCAAAUGUGAAAUAUGUGCAUUUGGUAAAAGAGAGCAAAGGAGAGAGACAGAAAGAAGAACAUUAGCCAGAAGAAAGAGAGAGGAAAACAACAAGUCAAGGAACCCUUGGUGAGUAAACAGUCACCCAGUCCCUAGAUAGAUCCUUCAACAGUAUCUCAUCAUGGUGAACCUGGACCUGAGGUCUCUCACCCUGCCGGUGGGCAUCAUCCGUAUGUUGGAGGUGGUCUUCACCUGUAUCACCUUCAGUCUGGUGGCCUCGGCAGGCCAUGUGCUCUCCACACACUGGGACUGGUGCAUGUUCACCUGGUGCUUCUGCUGCUUCUUCUCCCUCUUCAUCCUCAUCAUGGAGUUCACCCGCUUCAGCGCCAAGGUGCCCAUCUCCUGGGAUGACUUCACCACGGCCUUCGCCGUGCUGGCCACACUAAUGUGUUUCACCUCCUCCAUCAUCUACCCCACCUUCUUCACCUGCCCCACCUGCUACCGCCAGAUUGCUGCCACCGUCAGCUCCCUACUCUGUUUUGGAUUGUACGUCGGCGAGGUGGUGUUGGCCCGCCUCCGGCCCGGUGGUGAGAUCAGUGGCUUCCUGUCCACUGUCCCGGGCCUCCUCAAGAUCCUGGAGACUCUGCUGGCCUGUAUUAUCUUUACGUCGCUGGAUCCGGCAAGGUUUCUGUUUCAUCCGGGACUGCAGUGGUGCGUGGCGGUUUAUUCCCUCUGCUUCAUCUUCGCACUCGUCAUCAUCUUCCUCACCGUCGGUCAGCUGCUGUCGCUCUUCCCCUUCUCGUUUGACAAACUGCUCACGGUCUAUAAUAUUCUGGCCACCAUGAUGUACAUGACUGCCAUGGUCAUCUGGCCGCUGUAUAGUUUCGAGAACAACCCCCGACCCGUUCCGUGUUCCCCCUGUCCCUGGGACAAUCUGGUUGUGGUGACGUUCAUGACCGUGAUCAACCUGGUGAUCUAUAUUUUGGAUACGAUCUACUCGAUAAAGGUGGUCUUCUUCAAAUUGGAUGAGGAAUAGGCCAGAUUCUCAGGAACCUUCACUCCAACUUUUCCAGAACCGGUCAAUGACUGACACACUAUCAUAUUGCAUGGAGAAACUACUGUUUACUGAAUAAGAAACUCCAGCACGUUGGUAAUCUUGAUUCUCCACACAUGGUUGAAAAUAUCCAUUUCAUUUCUAGAGAAUGAAGAGUUUAUUUUCAAAUCAAUGACUGAGAGCUUGGAAGAAGAACAAUUGCAGAACGUUGGCAGAACAUUUGCUGAUGUCUUUUGCUUCAGACAUGUGGAAGAUAUUUAGUUAUUCCUAUAACACUGUAAAUGAACUCUUAUUGCAGAUGAGGAUUCUACAGGCAAGGACACACUGUUUAUCACUUGUAGCUAUUAAAGUGUGCAGUAGGAAGCUGAGUUAAUGAUUGAUCGUAUCGAUUUCAUAGAAAUAAAAAAUACAGAAUUUUGGAUCCUGAUGCAAAUACAAUAUGCAAAUACAAUCUAAUCUGGCAACAUGGUAUGUAUAACCGUUCCUUUGGGCCAAAGGCACUAGCAGCAAUAUAGAUUCUGCCAAUUGCAAAGGAUUUGUGAUCUUAUAUUCAUGUUGACCACUUCUUUCUUGGUUGUUAGACAUGUUCUCUUGUUGUACUGCUAGUUGGCUCACUAACUGCCAGAUAGUUGAUUACCUGCUGAAGUGCUAUGUGGACUGCACACUAAAAACAAAUGGUUCUACAGUAUAUAGUGCCAAAUAAUAGUUAUUUGGCUCAUAACGAUAGUGUAUCCUAUUUUGGUACUAUAUAGAACCCUUUUUUGAAGGUUCUAUAAAGAACCAUGUUCACAAGGUUUUAAAUGGAACUAUUAUGGUGCUAUAAAGAAACCUUCCCUAAGGUUCUAAAAAUAACUUUAAAAAAGGUUCUACAUAGCACCAAAAAGGGUUCCGCUAUUAUUACAACCCUUUUUGGUGCUAUAAAGAACCCUUUUUAAUGGUUAUUUAUAGAACCUUUAUGGAGAAUGGUUAUAUUAAAUUAAGAACAUUUCUCAAUCUCAAAGGUUCUACAAAGAACCCUUUGAAGAACCAGAGAGAGAUAUUUAUUCUGGUUAGACAUAUACUGUUAAAAUUUAAUCAGGUGUGGUAGCUCUGGAACAGCUGGGGUUCUCUGAGGAGAGAAUUGAGAACUGCUGGUUUAGGUAUUUUUAAAAGACUGGAGUUGGAAGGGGACUCAACUCAAGAACUGAUCUUUCAUUAUGAUGUUGACCUUUUCUUAGACGCCCAUAGAAUAGGGAGAGGUAAUCAGAGAAAGUUUGUGUACAGGACAGGGGACCUUCUCCAUUGAAGUGUACCAUCUUUCAGAUGCAGACAUAGGGUGCAUUCAAAAUGUCCAGUAGUGCACUAUAUAGGGAAUAGGGUGCCAUUUCGGAAGCAUCCAUAGACACUUCAUUCUGUCUGCUUUUGAAUGGGCUUGACGAUUAUAUCCUCAAAUUCAUGAAAACACAGUCAUGUAAGAUAUAUAAAAACUGAUAUUCGUGUUUGUGGAUUAAUUUACUUCUGUUAGAUGCCUUUCAUUAACCUCUAUGGGAUCGGUGACCCACCCUCAGGAGGGUUGAGUUAACGUGCGCUAAUGUGAUUAGCAUGACAUUGUAAGUAACAAGAACAUUUCCCAGGACAUAGACAUAUCUUAUAUGGGCUGAAAGCUUAAAUUAUUUUUAAUCUAACUGCACUUUCCAAUUUACAGUAGCUAUUACAGUGAAAUAAUACCAUGCUAUUGUUUGAGUGCACAGUUAUGUACUUGAAAAUGUAUCAAUAAACCAGUUAGGCACAUUUGGGCAGACUUGACACAACAUUUUGAACAACAUUUUGAACAGUAAUGCAAUGGUUCAUUGGAUCAGUCUAAAACUUUGCACAUACACUGCUGCCGUCUAGUGGCCAAAACCCAAAGGGCACCUGGACUCCUAAGUGAUAUGAUGGCCUUUCUAUUGCAUUUCAAAGUUGAUGGGACAAAAAAUAAUAAUUGAAAACUCAUGUUUUUUCUUUGUAUUAUCUUUUAGGUAUGUCAUUUUAGGCAAAAUGUAAAACAAUUUGCCUACAAAAUACUUGCAUAGUGUAUAGCAAUGAUUGACAACCAAAAUCUACGGCAACAUGCUAACAAUAGAGAUGUGUGAAUGAUUAAUGACACACAUGAACCUUUGUUCCCUCUCAGCUCACUGUAUGAUUGAACCAGAGAGUGUUGGACAAGGGCUGUGCAACUCAAACAAAUGUUCAGAUAUAUAUAGAUUGUGUAAAAUGUAUCAUUAAGAAAAGGGAAUCGUGUCAGUUCUUGUCAUUGUCUAUCCGCAACAGUCCUACUGGUUCACGUCAUUCGUUACACUCCCUGGUGUGAUCAUGUUAAUCAUUACCCAAAGGAUGUGUUGAUGUGGGUUGCUAGGCUGUGUUGCCAUUUGUAGUUUAUGACUCAAUAACAAUAGACCUACUGAUCAACGUAACCAACAUGAAAAUAGCAGAAGUGAUACUGUAUUUUGCUCAAUAAAAAGAAGUGACAGAUUUCACAGUUGUAACUUCUGUCUGCUGAAGCGUGAGCUAAAUAGUGGCUCAAUCACAUGACUGAGAAUAAAAAAAUCAGACUCUCAUUGUACUUCUGAAAAGUUUCAUUAAGUUUGAUGUAUAAACCAGUCUGGAGCGAAGAUAGAUUUGGAAUAUAUGUCAUUAGAGAGAAAAGGGCUUGUUCUUGCUGCAUUGUCUAUUGUCAAAUAAAAAAUGAUUUGUCAUAUGCACAGGAUUCAGUGAAAUGUAAACAGUACAGUGAAAUGCUUGCAAGCUCUCCUGUCAGCUUUUGUUGUUCUUCUGAAUCGACAAAGACUGAGUUUUUCUGUUGUUGCUGUGUUUGAGCCGCUACAGUUAGUUUACAUGCAAAAUGUUGGGGAAGUGAGGUUUUGUGGUUUGUGCAUAAUGUGACUGACCGGACUCUACCUUGGAUAAUUUCUACAGAAGGCCACUCCGAAUGACAAAGAGCAGGUAAUAGUCCUGGGAAGUAAAAAGUUAGCAAAACUAUGAGGUACUUAAGUUGGGACUAAAGACUUAUGAUUUAUGGAUACACUUCAUUUCUCAUAACUAUGGACACACUUUCAAGGUGCAUACUUGGACAUCAGAUGUGCAAACAAAGUUGAACGUUUUUCAAAUAAAAUGUUCACAGAAUCCUUC